AAAUGACUCACCAGGACAUUCUGCACAAUACUGCAGUUACACGACCAUGGAGCUUGACUCUAAGGAAAUUGUGCAUGUGGCCACUAUAGACAAGCGGCAGACCAACUGGAACUCCAAUAUAAUGGAGAAGCAAGGUUUUAUACAGACAGUGGACAAGCUUACCCAAGAGAUAAAGGUCGUGGAGUUCUGCACGGAUGCUCAUGUCCAGAUUGCAGCCCUCUUGAACCCAGACAAAGGCAGAUAUAAGGAUCUGAGAAUUCACCACAGCCUGGACAUGUGGCAUGGUGCAAAAAGUCUUGCCAAAAAGAUCUCUACUGCUGCAAAGAUGAAAGGACAGGCUGUUCUCCUUCACUGGCUGAGGGAUAUAGUGAACCAUUUCUGGUGGUGUUGUAAGACAGCAGAGACAUUUCAGGAAUUUCUUGGACUUUGGAUUGGAGUUCUACAUCAUGUUUGCAACAAUCACACCUGGGAAACGGGGAGCUGCCAACACGAUCACCUUGAAGACAUUCAGGAUAAAGAGUGGAUUGAAAGAGAUUCCAAGAGUCACAAAGCACUAGUGGAUAUCGUCCUCAACAAGCGCUGGCAGAAGGAUGUCCACAAGUAUCUGCGCUUCAGAUCAACAGCACAUCUGGAGUCAUUUCAGAAUCACAUUCUGAUGUAUGCCAGCAAGCGCCAGGCCUUCACUCCCCGAGUGUAUGAUGCAAGAGUUGUGCUCGCAGCUCUGGACUACAAUUUUCAUCGUGAACGUCCAGCAUACAGGACGGCUGAGGGCCAACAACUUUUUAAGAAGAAGUACAACAAAAAUGCAAGAAGAUACAGCCUUUACACUGUAAAGUGUGAAAAAUCAUAUGCUUACAUCCCUGAGUUGCAAGCACGCAUCUUAAAAGGGAGAUUCACAAGCGGAGUUGGGAUGCCACGAAAGAGGACUCUAUGCCCCGAUGAUCCAAGGCAGCUUGGUGUUGUGCCCCCGAUACUUCCACCACCGACAUCAGAGUUGUUGCGUACACACGUCAGCAGAGGUUUAGGAUCAGCCUUUCAUGCUACUACCAACUUGGAGGCAGAUUAAGCUGUUGUUUUGUUGGUAUUCGAGUUAUUAGCACAUGUCCAAAAAAAUUGUAAAUAUUAAUAAAUCUACAAC